AUGGCAAAUUUCAAAUUCACCGCCCUUGUCUGGGGAUCACUCUUUGUAUUUGCUCUUCUACAACUCUCAGAGGCAGCAACAAUUAAGAAAUGUUCUUCUCCGAUUGUCCGUAAAGAAUGGCGUGCACUCACAGCUAAGCAGCAGCAGAAGUACCUAUCCGCUGUGAAAUGUCUUCAAAACAUACCCGCAAAGACCUGUGCUGCCGUUCCCGGAGCUAUCAGUCGAUUCGAUGAUUUCCAGGGUGUGCACAUUCGUCAGACAGACUUUAUCCACUUUGUGGGCCACUUCCAAGCUUGGCACCGGUACUAUCUCGCCACAUAUGAGAAGUCGCUCCGUGAAGAAUGCGGAUACACCGGCGCACAACCAUACUGGGACUGGACCCUCGACAGCGCAAGCAACGCUACCUUCCUUGCCGCGCCCGUCUUUGCCAACAGUGCCUUUGGCGGCAAUGGACCCUACGUCGAGAACGGGACCGUCGUUGGACUUGAGGGUGUCACGGGCCGUACCGGCGGUGGUUGUGUGCCCAACGGAUCGUUCAAAGAUCUGGAGCUACAUCUAGGCCCCGGCACGAACCUCGAGCGCAACAACCAGUGCCUCACCCGUGAUAUCGCCUUCCCAAUUAUUCUCAAGUGCCUGACGGCGACAGCAGUGGAUAAGGCGCUCGCUGCGGAGAACUACCAGGCAUUUGAUAUGGAGGCGGAGGGUGGAACCACCCCCGAGGCGUUCACAUAUCAUGCCGGUGGGCAUCUUGGAAUCGGGGGUGCCUAUGGAACAAUUGCAGACAUCUAUGCAAGCCCUGGUGACCCACUAUUCUACCUCCACCACGCAAACAUGGACCGUAUCUGGUGGAUGUGGCAGAGCCAGGACCUUGCAACGAGGCUGACGGAUAUCUCGGGCCCAAUCGUGCAGUUUGGCUACCCGUUCAGCAACAACACCAGUGGCGGGAACGUCACGCUGGAUUUCAAGAUCCAUCUCAAUGAGCUCGCUGGAAACGUUACGUUGGAGCAGAUGAUGAACAUUAAGGGCGGCGAUUUGUGCUACGACUAUGCGUAG